UAAAUAGUAUUUAGUUUCAAAAUUGCUUAUAUAUCGCAGUGCAUUCAAUAUUCAAGUAUCACAAGUAUACGCCUGUUUCACGUUCGACUUGUCGUCUGCAUCUAUUGCGCCUUCCGCCGUGCUAGACAUCAAUUUAUUUCAUCGAAUAUAGUUUGUUUUAGCUGGAGGCAGUAUGAUGUUUAAACAAAUUAUGUUGGUCGCCCUAUUGGCCGUGGUGACGGCAAGUGCCAAGAAACCAUGCUGUGGCCCAAAGCAGUUUAUGGCGGGCAAUGGUGGGACAGUGGGGCAGGUGGAUCCGGACUCCGGACCACAAGGUUUCUUCACCUACCAAUAUGGUGCAUUUGACUACACCAACAGGAUGUUUGGCUACAAUAUGUCUGUUACCUACCCCAACGGUACACAAACAAAUAUUAAGCUGAUUCAGAAAUACGGUCAGGGAUACCAGUAUAUUAUCCUCGAAGAAUUCCAGUACUGCCAGAAGCAACCGGUCACCAAGCCGGAACCAAUCAAUUGUAUUCCUGCCAACGCAACUUGGACUUCAAGUCUUUUCAUCGGAGGCUCCAAAGGCCUGUAUGCAGAUUCAUGGACAUACAACUUCGUUUACCCUAAGGAUCCCAUAGAGGGCGUCAUAGUUAUCCAAGUCUUUGAGUCUAAUUGCUACCCAUUCGGGACUGCAUUCAUUGGCGAUCGCUUCCAAGGCCAAACCCGAGACCGACAUUCCCCGAGGCCGAAGGCCAUCUUGAAUGACAGCCUAUGA